CUUCCUCUGCUUGUGCUUCCUCUGCUUGUGCUUCCUGCUUGUGCUACCUCUGCUUGCACUUCCUCUGCUUGUGCUUCCUCUGCUUGCGCUUCCUCUGCUUGCGCUUCCUCUGCUUGUGCUUCCUCUGCUUGUGCUUCCUGCUUGUGCUUCCUCUGCUUGCGCUUCCUCUGCUUGUGCUUCCUCUGCUUGCGCUUCCUCUGCUUGCGCUUCCUCUGCUUGCGCUUCCUCUGCUUGCGCGUCCUUUGCUUGCGCUUCCUCUGCUUGCGCUUCCUCUGCUUGUGAUUCUUCUGCUUGCGCUUCCUCUGCUUGUGCUUCCUCUGCUUGCGCUUCCUCUGCUUGCGCUUCCUCUGCUUGUGCUUCCUCUGCUUGUGCUUCCUCUGCUUGUGCUUCCUCUGCUUGCGCUUCCUCUGCUUGCGCUUCCUCUGCUUGCGCUUCCUUUGCUUGCGCUCCUCUGCUUGUGCUUCCUCUGCUUGUGCUUCGUCUGCUUGCGCUUCCUCUGCUUGUGCUUCCUCUUCUUGCGCUUCCUCUGCUUGAGCUUCCUCUCCUUGUGCUUCCUCUGCUUGUGCUUCCUCUGCUUGUGCUUCCUUUGCUUGAGCUUCCUAUGCUUUUGCUUCCUCUGCUUGCGCUUCCUCUGCUUGCGCUCCUCUGCUUGUGCUUCGUCUGCUUGCGCUUCCUCUGCUUGCACUACCUCUGCUUGCACUUCCUCUGCUUACGCUUCCUGUGCUUGCGCUUCCUCUGCUUGCGCUUUCUCUGCUUACACUUCUUCUGCUUGCGCUCCUUUGCUUGUGCUUCCUCUGCUUGUGCUUCCUCUGCUUGCGCUUCCUUUGCUUCUUCCUCUGCUUUUGCUUCCUCUGCUUGCGCUUCCUCUGCUUGCGCUCCUCUGCUUGUGCUUCCUCUGCUUGUGCUUCCUCUGCUUGCGCUUCCUCUGCUUGUGCUUCCUCUGCUUGCGCUUCCUCUGCUUGCGCUUCCUCAGCUUGCACUUCCUCUGCUUGUGCUUCCUCUGCUUGCGCUUCCUCUGCUUGUGCUUCCUCUUCUUGUGCUUCCUCUGCUUGAGCUUCCUCUACUUGUGCUUCCUCUGCUUGUGCUUCCCUUGCUUGCGCUUCCUCUGCUUGUGCUUACUUUGCUUGUGCUUCCUUUGCUUGAGCUUCCUCUGCUUUUGCUUCCUCUGCUUGCGCUUCCUCUGCUUGCGCUCCUCUGCUUGUGCUUCCUCUGCUUGUGCUUCCUCUGCUUACGCUUCCUCUGCUUGCGCUUCCUCUGCUUGCGCUUCCUGUGCUUGCGCUUCCUCUACUUACGCUUCCUCUGCUUGUGCUUCCUCUGCUUACGCUUCCUCUGCUUACGCUUCCUCUACUUACGCUUCCUCUGCUUACGCUUCCUCUGCUUGCGCUCCUCUACUUGUGCUUCCUCUGCUUGUGCUUCUUCUGCUUGCGCUUUCUUUGCUUGUGCUUCCUCUGCUUGCGCUUCCUCCGCUUGUGCUUCCUUUGCUUCCACUUCCUCUGCUUGCGCUCCACUGCUUGUGCUUCCUCUACUUGUGCUUCCUCUCAAUGCGCUUCCUCUUCUUGCGCUUCCUCAGCUUGCGCUCCUCUGCUUGUGCUUCCUCGGCUUGUGCUUCGUCCGCUUGCGCUUCCUCUGCUUGUGCUUUCUCUGCUUGCGCUUCCUUUGCUUGCGCUUCCUCUCCUUGCGCUUCCUCUGCGUGUGCUUCCUCUGCUUGCGGUUUCUCUUCUUGUGCUUCCUCGGCUUGCGCUUCCUCUACUUGCGCUUCCUCUGCUUGCGCUUCCUUUCCUUGCGCUUCCUCUGCUUGUGCUUCCUCUGCUUGUGCUCCUUUGCUUGUGCUUCCUCUGCUUGUGCUUCCUCUGCUUGCGCUUCCUCUGUUUGUGCUUCCUCUGCUUGCGCUUCCUCUUCUUGUUCUUCCUCUGCUUGGGCUCCUCUACUUGUGCUUCCACUGCUUGUGCUUCCUUUGCUUGCGCUUUCCUGUGCUUGUGCUUCCUCUGCUUGUGCUUCCUCUACUUGCGCUUCCUCUGCUUGUGCUUCCUCUUCUUGCACUUCCUCUGCUUGCGCUUCCUCUGCUUGCGCUCCUCUGCUUGUGCUUCCUCUGCUUGUGCUUCCUCUGCUCGCGCUUCCUCUGCUUGCGCUUCCUCUGCUUGCGCUUCCUCUGCUUGCGCUUCCUCUGCUUGUGCUUCCUCUGCUUGUGCUUCCUCUUUUUGCGCUUCCUCUGCUUACGCUUCCUCUGCUUGUGCUUCCUCUGCUUGCUCUUCCUUUGCUUGUGCUUCCUCUGCCCGUGCUCCUCUGCUUGUGCUUCCUCUGCUUGUGCUUCCUCUGCUUGCGCUUCCUCUGCUUGUGCUUCCUCUACUUUCGCUUCCUCUGCUUGUGCUUCCUCUGCUUGCGCUUCCUCUGCUUGUGCUCCUCUGCUUCUGCUUCCUCUGCUUGUGCUUCCUCUGCUUGCGCUUCCUCUGCUUGCGCUUCCUCUACUUGUGCUCCUCUGCUUGCGCUUCUUCAGCUUGUGCUUCCUCUGCUUGAACUUCCUCUGCUUGCGCUUCCUCUACUUGUGCUCCUCUGCUUGUGCUUCCUCUGCUUGUGCUUCCUCUGCUUGCGCUUCCUCUGCUUGUGCUUCCUCUACUUUCGCUUCCUCUGCUUGUGCUUCCUCUGCUUGCGCUCCUCUGCUUCUGCUUCCUCUGCUUGUGCUUCCUCUGCUUGCGCUUCCUCUGCUUGCGCUUCCUCUACUUGUGCUCCUCUGCUUGCGCUUCCUUUGCUUCUGCUUCCUCUGCUUGCGAUUCCUUCUGCUUGCGCUUCCUCUGCUUGUGCUUCCUCUGCUUGCACCUCCUUUGUUGUGCUUCCUCUGUUUGCGCUUCCUCUGCUUGCGCUUCCUCUGCUUGCGCUUUCUCAACUUACACUUCCUCUGCUUGUGCUUCCUCUCCUUGCGCUUCCUCUGCUUGCGCUUCCUCUGCUUGCGCUUCCUCUGCUUGCACUUCCUCUGCUUGCGCUUCCUCUGCUUGCGCUUCCUCUGCUUGUGCUUCCUCUGAUUGCGCUUCCUCUGCUUGUGCUUCCUCUGCUUGUGCUUCCUCUUCUUGCGCUUCCUCUGCUUCUUCUUCCUCUGCUUGCGCUACUCUGCUUCAGCUUCCUCUGCUUGUGCUUCCUGCUUGUGCUUCCUCUGCUUGCGCUUCCUCUGCUUGUGCUUCCUCUGCUUGCGCUUCCUCUGCUUGCGCUUCUUCUGCUUGUGCUUCCUCUGCUUGUGCUAGCUGCUUGUGCUUCCUCUGCUUGCGCUUCCUCUGCUUGUGCUUCCUCUGCUUGCGCUUCCUCUGCUUGCGCUUCCUCUCCUUGCGCUUCCUCUGCUUGCGCUUCCUCUGCUUGCGCUUCCUCUGCUUGCGCUUCCUCUGCUUGUGCUUCCUCUGCUUGUGCUUCCUGCUUGUGCUUCCUCUGCUUGCGCUUCCUCUGCUUGUGCUUCCUCUGCUUGCGCUUCCUCUCCUUGCGCUUCCUCUGCUUGCGCGUCCUCUGCUUGCGCUUCCUCUGCUUGCGCUUCCUCUGCUUGUGCUUCUUCUGCUUGCGCUUCCUCUGCUUGUGCUUCCUCUGCUUGCGCUUCCUCUGCUUGCGCUUCCUCUGCUUGUGCUUCCUCUGCUUGUACUUCCUCUGCUUGUGCUUCCUCUGCUUGCGCUUCCUCUGCUUGCGCUUCCUCUGCUUGCGCUUCCUUUGCUUGCGCUCCUCUGCUUCUUCCUCUGCUUGUGCUUCCUCUGCUUGUGCUUCCUGCUUGUGCUACCUCUGCUUGCACUUCCUCUGCUUGUGCUUCCUCUGCUUGCGCUUCCUCUGCUUGCGCUUCCUCUGCUUGUGCUUCCUCUGCUUGUGCUUCCUGCUUGUGCUUCCUCUGCUUGCGCUUCCUCUGCUUGUGCUUCCUCUGCUUGCGCUUCCUCUGCUUGCGCUUCCUCUGCUUGCGCUUCCUCUGCUUGCGCGUCCUUUGCUUGCGCUUCCUCUGCUUGCGCUUCCUCUGCUUGUGAUUCUUCUGCUUGCGCUUCCUCUGCUUGUGCUUCCUCUGCUUGCGCUUCCUCUGCUUGCGCUUCCUCUGCUUGUGCUUCCUCUGCUUGUGCUUCCUCUGCUUGUGCUUCCUCUGCUUGCGCUUCCUCUGCUUGCGCUUCCUCUGCUUGCGCUUCCUUUGCUUGCGCUCCUCUGCUUGUGCUUCCUCUGCUUGUGCUUCGUCUGCUUGCGCUUCCUCUGCUUGUGCUUCCUCUUCUUGCGCUUCCUUUGCUUGUGCUUCCUCUGCUUGCGCUUCCUCUGCUUGUGCUUCCUCUUCUUGUGCUUCCUCUGCUUAAGCUUCCUCUCCUUGUGCUUCCUCUGCUUGUGCUUCCUCUGCUUGUGCUUCCUUUGCUUGAGCUUCCUAUGCUUUUGCUUCCUCUGCUUGCGCUUCCUCUGCUUGCACUUCCUCUGCUUGCACUUCCUCUGCUUACGCUUCCUGUGCUUGCGCUUCCUCUGCUUGCGCUUUCUCUGCUUACACUUCUUCUGCUUGCGCUCCUUUGCUUGUGCUUCCUCUGCUUGUGCUUCCUCUGCUUGCGCUUCCUUUGCUUGUCAUUCCUCUGCUUGCGCUUCCUCUGCUUAUGCUUCCUUUGCUUGCACUUCAACUGCUUGCGCUCCUCUGCUUGUGCUUCCUCUGCUUGUGCUUCCUCUCCUUGCGCUUCCUCUGCUUGCGCUUCCUCCGCUUGCGCUCCUCUGCUUGUGCUUCCUCUGCUUGUGCUUCGUCUGCUUGCGCUAUUUCUGCUUGUGCUUCCUCUUCUUGCGCUUCCUUUGCUUGUGCUUCCUCUGCUUGCGCUUCCUCUGCUUGAGCUUCUUUUGCUUGUGCUUCCUUUGCUUGUGCCUCCUCUGCUUGCGCUUCCUCUGCUUGUGCUUCGUCUGCUUGUGCUUCCUUUGCUUGAGCUUCCUCUACUUUUGCUUCCUGUGCUUGCGCUUCCUCUGCUUGCGCUCCUCUGCUUGUGCUUCCUCUGCUUGUGCUUCCUCUGCUUGCGCUUCCUCUGCUUGCGCUUCCUCUGCUUACGCUUCCUCUACUUGCGCAUCCUCUGCUUGCGCUUCCUCUGCUUACACUUCCUCUGCUUGCGCUCCUCUGCUUGUGCUUCCUCUGCUUGUGCUUCCUCUGCUUGGGCUUUCGUUGCUUGUGAUUCCUCUGCUUGCGCUUCCUCCGCUUGUGCUUCCUCUGCUUGCACUUCCUCUGCUUGCGCUCCUCUGCUUGUGCUUCCUCUGCUUGUGCUUCCUCUCCUUGCGCUUCCUCCGCUUGCGCUUCCUCUGCUUGCACUCCUCUGCUUGUGCUUCCUCUGCUUGUGCUUCGUCUGCUUGCUCUUCCUCUUCUUGUGCUUCCUCUUCUUGUGCUUCCUUUGCUUGUGCUUCCUCUGCUUGUGCUUCCUCUACUUGUGCUUCAUCUGCUUGCGCUUCCUCUCCUUGCGCUUCCUGUGCUUGCACUUCCUCUGCUUGCGCUCCUCUGCUUGUGCUUCCUCUACUUGCGCUUCCUCUGCUUGUGCUUUCUCUGCUUGUGCUUCCUCUACUUGUGCUUCCUCUGCUUGCGCUUCCUCUCCUUGCGCUUUCUGUGCUUGCACUUCCUCUGCUUGCGCUCCUCUGCUUGUGCCUCCUCUGCUUGCGCUUCGUCUGCUUUUGCUUCCUUUGCUUGAGCUUCCUCUGCUUUUGCUUCCUCUGCUUGCGCUUCCUCUGCUUGCGCUCCUCUGCUUGUGCUUCCUCUGCUUGUGCUUCCUCUGCUUGCGCUUCCUCUGCUUGCGCUUCCUCUGCUUACGCUUCCUCUACUUGCGCUUCCUCUGCUUGCGCUUCCUUUGCUUACACUUCCUCUGCUUGCGCUCCUCUGCUUGUGCUUCCUCUGCUUGUGCUUCCUCUGCUUGCGCUUCCUUUGCUUGUGAUUCCUCUGCUUGCACUUCCUCUGCUUGUACUUCCUCUGAUUGCACUUCCUCUGCUUGCGCUCCUCUGCUUGUGCUUCCUCUGCUUGUGCUUCCUCUCCUUGCGCUUCCUCUGCUUGCGCUUCCUCUGCUUGCACUCCUCUGCUUGUGCUUCCUCUGCUUGUGCUUCGUCUGCUUGCUCUUCCUCUUCUUGUGCUUCCUCUUCUUGUGCUUCCUUUGCUUGUGCUUCCUCUGCUUGCGCUUCCUCUUCUUGUGCUUCCUCUGCUUGCGCUUCCUCUGCUUGUGCUUUCUCUGCUUGUGCUUCCUCUACUUGUGCUUCCUCUGCUUGCGCUUCCUCUCCUUGCGCUUCCCGUGCUUGCACUUCCUCUGCUUGCGCUCCUCUGCUUGUGCUUCCUCUUCUUGUGCUUCCUCUGCUUGAGCUUCCUCUGCUUGUGCUUCCUCUGCUUGUUCUUCCUCUGCUUGUGCUUCCUUUGCUUGAGCUUCCUGUGCUUUUGCUUCCUCUGCUUGCGCUUCCUCUGCUUACGCUCCUCUGCUUGUGCUUCGUCUGCUUGCGCUUCCUCUGCUUGCACUUUGUCUGCUUGCGCUUCCUCUGCUUACGCUUCCUGUGCUUGCGCUUCCUCUACUUGCGCUUUCUCUGCUUACACUUCCUCUGCUUGCGCUCCUCUGCUUGUGCUUCCUCUGCUUGUGCUUCCUCUGCUUGCGCUUCCUUUGCUUGUGAUUCCUCUGCAUGCGCUUCCUCUGCUUGUGCUUCCUUUGCUUGCACUUCAACUGCUUGCGCUCCUCUGCUUGUGCUUCCUCUGCUUGUGCUUCCUCUCCUUGCGCUUCCUCUGCUUGCGCUCCUCUGCUUGUGGUUCCUCUGCUUGUGCUUCGUCUGCUUGCGCUUUUUCUGCUUGUGCAUCCUCUUCUUGCGCUUCCUUUGCUUGUGCUUCCUCUGCUUGCGCUUCCUCUGCUUGUGCUUCCUCUUCUUGUGCUUCCUCUGCUUGAGCUUCCUUUGCUUGUGCUUCCUUUGCUUGUGCCUCCUCUACUUGCGCUUCCUCUGCUUGUGCUUCGUCUGCUUGUGCUUCCUUUGCUUGAGCUUCCUCUGCUUUUGCUUCCUCUGCUUGCACUUCCUCUGCUUGCGCUCCUCUGCUUGUGCUUCCUCUGCUUGUGCUUCCUCUGCUUGCGCUUCCUCUGCUUGCGCUUCCUCUGCUUACGCUUCCUCUACUUGCGCUUCCUCUGCUUGCGCUUCCUCUGCUUACCCUUCCUCUGCUUGCGCUCCUCUGCUUGUGCUUCCUCCGCUUGUGCUUCCUCUGCUUGCGCUUCCUUGGCUUGUGAUUCCUCUGCUUGCGCUUCCUCCGUUUGUGCUUCCUCUGCUUGCACUUCCUCUGCUUGCGCUCCUCUGCUUGUGCAUCCUCUGCUUGUGCUUCCUCUCCUUGCGCUUCCUUUGCUUGCGCUUCCUCUGCUUGCACUCCUCUGCUUGUGCUUCCUCUGCUUGUGCUUCGUCUGCUUGCUCUUCCUCUUCUUGUGCUUCCUCUUCUUGUGCUUCCUUUGCUUGUGCUUCCUCUGCUUGCGCUUCCUCUGCUUGUGCUUCCUCUGCUUGCGCUUCCUCUGCUUGUGCUUUCUCUGCUUGUGCUUCCUCUAAUUGUGCUUCCUCUGCUUGCGCUUCCUCUCCUUGCGCUUCCUGUGCUUGCACUUCCUCUGCUUGCGCUCCUCUGCUUGUGCUUCCUCUGCUUGUGCUUCCUCUGCUUGCGCUUCCUCUGCUUGUGCUUCCUUUGCUUGCACUUCCUAUGCUUUUGCUUCCUCUGCUUGGGCUCCUCUGCUUGUGCUUCCACUGCUUGUGCUUCCUCUCCUUGCGCUUCCUGUGCUUGUGCUUCCUCUGCUUGUGCUUCCUCUGCUUGCACUUCCUCUGCUUGCGCUUCCUCUGCUUGCGCUCCUCAGCUUUUGCUUCCUCUGCUUGUGCUUCCUCUGCUUGCGCUUACUCUAGUUGUGCUUCCGCUACUUGUGCUUCCUCUGCUUGUGCUUCUUCUACUUGCGCUUCCUCUGCUUGCGCUUCCUCUCCUUGCGCUUCCUGUGCUUACGCUUCCUCUUUUUGCGCUCCUCUGCUUGUGCUUCCUCUGCUUGUGCUUCCUUUGCUUGUGCUUCCUUUGCUUGCGCUUCCUCUGCUUGUGCUUCCUCUGCUUGCACUUCCUAUGCUUCUUCUUCCUCUGCUUGGGCUCCUCUGCUUGUGCUUCCACUGCUUGUGCUUCUUCUGCUUGCGCUUCGUGUGCUUGUGCUUCCUCUGCUUGUGCUUCGUCUGCUUGCACUUCCUCUGCUUGCGCUUCCUCUGCUUGCGCUCCUCUGCUUUUGCUUCCUCUGCUUGUGCUUCCUCUGCUUGCGCUUACUCUAGUUGUGCUUCCACUACUUGUGCUUCCUCUGCUUGUGCUUCCUCUACUUGCGCUUCCUCUGCUUGCGCUUCCUCUCCUUGCGCUUCCUGUGCUUACGCUUCCUCUGCUUGCGCUCCUCUGCUUGUGCUUCCUCUGCUUGUGCUUCCUCUGCUUGCGCUUCCUCUGCUUGUGCUUCGUCUGCUUGUGCUUCCUUUGCUUAAGCUUCCUCUGCUUUUGCUUCCUCUGCUUGCGCUUCCUCUACUUGUGCUCCUCUGCUUGUGCUUCCUCAGCUUGUGCUUCCUCUGCUUGCGCUUCCUCUGCUUGCGCUUCCUCUGCUUACCCUUCCUCUGCUUGCGCUUCCUCUGCUUGCGCUUCCUCUGCUUACACUUCCUCUGCUUGCGCUCCUGUGCUUGUGCUUCCUCUGCUUGUGCUUCCUCUGCUUGCGCUUCCUUUGCUUGUGAUUCCUCUGCUUCCGCUUCCUCUGCUUGUGCUUCCUCUGCUUGCACUUCCUCUGCUUGCGCUCCUCUGCUUGUGCUUCCUCUGCUUUUGCUUCCUCUCCUUGCGCUUCCUCUGCUUGCGCUUCCUCUGCUUGCACUCCUCUGCUUGUACUUCCUUUGCUUGUGCUUCGUCUGCUUGCUCUUCCUCUUCUUGUGCUUCCUCUUCUUGUGCUUCCUUUGCUUCUUGCGCUCCUUUGCUUGUGCUUCCUCUGCUUGCGAUUCCUCUGCUUGCGCUUCAUCUGCUUGCGCUUCCUCUGCUUGCCCUCCUCUGCUUGUGCUUCCUCUGCUUGUGCUUCCUCUGCUUGCGCUUCGUCUGCUUGUGCUUCCUCUGCUUGCGCUUCCUCUGCUUGCGCUUCCUCUCCUUGCGCUUCCUCUGCUUGCGCUUCCUUUGUUUGCGCUCCUCUGCUUGUGCUUCCUCUGCUUGCGCUUCCUGUGCUUGAACUUCUUGUGCUUGCGCCUCCUCUGCUUGUGCUUCCUCUUCUUGCGCUUCCUCUGCUUGCACUUCCUCUGCAUGCGCUUCCUCUGCUUGUGCUUCCUCUGCUUAUGCUUCCUCUGCUUGUGCUUCCUCUGCUUGCGCUUCAUCUACUUGUGCUUCCUCUGCUUGCGGUUCCUCUGCUUGCGCUUCCACUGCUUGCGCUUCCACUGCUUGCGCUUCCUCUGCUUGCGCUUCCUCUGCUUGCGCUUCCUCUGCUUGCGCUUCCUCUGCUUGCGCCUCCUCUCCUUGGGCUCCUCUAAAUGGGCUUCCUGUGCUUCUGCUUCCUCUACUUGCGCUUCCUCUGCUUGUGCUUCUUCUGCUUGCGCUUCCUCUACUUGUGCUUCGUCUGCUUCCGCCUCCUCUGCUUGUGCUUCCUCUGCCUGCGCUUCCUCUGCUUUCGCUACCUCUGCUUGUGCUUCCUAUGCUUGUGAUUCCUCUGCUUGUGCUUUCUAUGCUUGUGCUUCCUCUGCUUGUGCUUCCUCUUCUUGUGCUUCCUCUGCUUGUGCUUCCUCUGCUUGUGCUUCCUCUUCUUGCGCUUCCUCUGCUUGCGCUCCUCUGCUUACGCUUCCUUUGCUUUGGCUUCCUCUGCUUCUGCUUCCUCUGCUUGUGCUUCCUCUGCUCGUGCUUCCUCUGCUUGUGCUUCCUGUGCUUGCGCUCCUCUGCUUGCGCUUCCUUUGCUUGCGCUUCCUCUGCUUGUGCUGCCUCUGCUUGUGCCUCCUCCGCUUGUGCUUCCUCGGCUUGUGCUUCCUCUGCUUGCGCUUCCUCUUCUUGCGCUUCCUGUGCUUGCGCUUCCUCUGCUUGCGCUCCUCUGCUUGUGCUUCCUCUGCUUGUGCUUCCUCUGCUUGCGCAUCCUCUGCUUGUACUUCCUCUGCUUCCGCUUCCUCUACUUGUGCUUCCUCUACUUGCGCUUCCUCUGCUUGUGCUUCCUCUGCUUGUGCUUCCUCUGCUUGCGCUUCUUUGCUUGUGCUUCCUAUGCUUGUGCUUCCUCUACUUGCGCUUCCUCUGCUUGUGCUUCCUCUGCUUGCGCUUCCUCUGUUGUUGCUUCCUGUGCUUGUGCUUCCUCUUCUUGCGCUUCUUGUGCUUGUGCUUCCUCUGCUUGCGCAUGCUCUCCUUACGCUUCCUGUGCUUGUGCUUCCUCUACUUGCGCUUCGUCUGCUUGUGCUUCCUCUGCUUGUGCGUCCUCUGCUUGCUCUUCUUUGCUUGUGUUUCCUAUGCUUGUGCUUCCUCUACUUGCGCUUCCUCUGCUUGUGCUUCCUCUGCUUGCGCUUCCUAUGCUUGCGCUUCCUCUGCUUGCGCUCCUCUGCUUGUACUUCCUCUGCUUGUGCUUCCUCUGCUUACGCUUCCUCUGCUUGCGCUUCCUCUGUUCGCGCUUCCUCUGCUUGUGCUUCCUCUGCUUGUGCUUCCUCUGCUUGUGCUUCCCCAACUUGCGCUUCCUCUGCUUGCGCUUCCUCUGGUUGUGACUCCUCAGCUUCCGCUUCCUCUGCUUGCACUUCCUCUGCUUGUGCUUCCUCUUCUUGCGCUUCCUCUGCUUGCGCUUCCUCUGCUUGCGCUCCUCUGCUUGUGCUUCCUCUGCUUGUGCUUCCUCUGCUUGCGCAUCCUCUGCUUGUGCUUCCUCUGCUUCCGCUUCCUCUACUUGUGCUUCCUCUGCUUGCGCUUCCUCUGCUUGUGCUUCCUCUGCUUGUGCUUCCUCUGCUUGCGCUUCUUUGCUUGUGCUUCCUAUGCUUGUGCUUCCUCUACUUGCGCUUCCUCUGCUUGUGCUUCCUCUGCUUGCGCUUCCUCUGCUGUUGCUUCCUCUGCUUUUGCUUCCUCUUCUUGCGCUUCCUGUGCUUGUGCUUCCUCUGCUUGCGCUUGCUCUCCUUACGCUUCCUCUGCUUGUGCUUCCUCUGCUUGCUCUUCCUUUGCUUGCGCUUCCUGUGCUUGAGCUCCUCUGCUUGUAAUUUCUCUGCUUGUACUUCCUCUGCUUGUACUUCCUCUUCUUGUGCUUCCUCUCCUUGCGCUUCCUUUGCUUGUGCUUCCUCUUCUUGCGCUUCCUCUGCUUGCGGUCCUCUGCUUGUGCUUCCUCUGCUUGUGCUUCUUGCUUGUGCUUCCUUUGCUUGCGCUUCCUCUGCUUGUGCUUCCUCUACUUGCGCUUCCUCUACUUGCGCUUCCUCUGCUUACGCUUCCUCUGCUUGUGCUUCCUCUGCUUGCUCUUCCUUUGCUUACGCUUCCUCUGCCUGCGCUCCUCUGCUUUUGCUUCCUCUACUUGUGCUUCCUCUGCUUGCGCUUCCUCUGCUUGUGCUUCCUCUACUUGCGCUCCUUCUUCUUAUGCUUCUCUUCCGCUUCCUCUGCUUGCGCUUCCUCUGCUUGUGCUUCCUCUUCUUGCGCUUCCUCUGCUUGCACUUCCUGUGCUUGCGCUCCUCUGCGUGUGCUUCCUCUGCUUGUGCUUCCUCUGCUUGCGCAUCCUCUGCUUGUGCUUCCUCUGCUUCCGCUUCCUCUACUUGUGCUUCCUCUACUUGCGCUUCCUCUGCUUGUGCUUCCUCUGCUUGUGCUUCCUCUGCUUGCGCUUCUUUGCUUGUGUUUCCUAUGCUUGUGCUUCCUCUACUUGCGCUUCCUCUGCUUGAGCUUCCUCUGCUUGCGCUUCCUCUGCUAUUGCUUCCUCUGCUUGUGCUUCCUCUGCUUGUGCUUCCUCUGCUUGCGCUCCUCUGCUUGUGCUUCCUCUGCUUGUGCUUCCUCUACUUGCGCAUCCUCUGCUUGUGCUUCCUCUGCAUGCGCUUCCUCUGCGUGUGCUUCCUCUGCUUGCGCUUCCUCUGCUUGCGCUCCUCUGAUUGUGCUUCCUCUGCUUGUGCUUCCUGUGCUUGUGCUUCCUCUUCUUGCGCUUCCUCUGCUUGUGCUUCCUCUGCUUGCGCUUCCUCUGCUUGUUCUUCCUCUACUUAUGCUUCCUCUGCUUGCGCUUCCUCUUCUUGUGCUUCCUCUGCUUGUGCUUCCUCUUCUUGUGCUCCUCUGCUUGUGCUUCCGUUGCUUGUGCUUCCUCUGCUUGUGCUCCCUCUUCUUGCGCUUCCUCUGCUUGUGCUUCCUCUGCUUGCGCUUCCUCUGCUUGUGCUUCCUCUGCUUGUGCUUCCUCUGCUUGUUCUUCCUCUGCUUGCGCUUCCUCUGCUUGCGCUUCCUCUGGUUGUGACUCCUCAGCUUGCGCUUCCUGUGUGUGCGCUUCUUCUACUUGGGCUUCCUCUGCUUGCGCUUCCUGUGCUUGCGCUUCCUCUGCUUGCGCUCCUCUACUUGUGCUUCCUCUGCUUGUGCUUCCUCCGCUUGCGCUUCCUUUGCUUGCGCUUCCUCUGCUUGUGCUUCCUCUGCUUGUGCUCCCUCUGCUUGCCCUUCUUCUGCUAUUGCUUCCUCUGCUUGUGCUUCCUCUUCUUACGCUUCCUGUGCUUGUGCUUCCUCUGCUUGCGCUUGCUCUCCUUACGCUUCCUCUGCUUGAGCUCCUCUGCUUGUACUUCCUCUGCUUGUGCUUCCCCUGCUUGCGCUUCCUCUGCUUGUGCUUCCUCUCCUUGCGCUUCCUCUGCUUGUGCUUCCUCUGCUUGCGCUUCCUCUGCUUGUGCUUCCUCUGCUUGUGCUUCCUCUGCUUGUGCUUCCUCUUCUUGCGCUUCCUCUGCUUGUGCUUCCUCUACUUGCGCUUCCUCUGCUUUUGCUUCCUCUGCUUGUGCUUCCUCUGCAUGUUCUUCCUCUGCUUGCGCUUCCUCUGCUUGCGCUUCCUCUGGUUGUGACUCCUCAGCUUGCGCUUCCUCUGCGUGCGCUUCCUCUGCUUGUGCUUCCUCUGCUUGCGCUUCCUGUGCUUGCGCUUCCUCUGCUUGCGCUCCUCUACUUGUGCUUCCUCUGCUUGUGCUUCCUCUGCUUGCGCUUCCUAUGCUUGUGCUUCCUCUGCUUCCGCUUCCUCUACUUGUGCUUCCUCUGCUUGCGAUUCCUCUGCUUGUGCUUCCUUUGCUUGUGCUUCCUCUGCUUGCGCUUCUUUGCUUGUGCUUCCUAUGCUUGUGCUUGCUCUACUUGCGCUUCCUCUGCUUGUGCUUCCUCUGCUUGCGCUUCUUCUGCUGUUGCUUCCUCUGCUUGUGCUUCCUCUUCUUGCGCUUCCUGUGCUUGUGCUUCCUCUGCUUGCGCUUGCUCUCCUUACGCUUCCUCUGCUUGAGCUCCUCUCCUUGUACUUCCUCUGCUUGUGCUUCCCCUGCUUGCGCUUCCUCUGCUUGUGCUUCCUCUCCUUGCGCUUCCUCUGCUUGUGCUUCCUCUGCUUGCGCUUCCUCUGCUUGGGCUCCUCUGCUUGUGCUUUCUCUGCUUGUGCUUCUUGCUUGUGCUUCCUCUUCUUGCGCUUCCUCUGCUUGUGCUUCUUCUACUUGCGCUUCCUCUGCUUGCGCUUCCUCUGCUUGCGCUUCCUCUUCUUGCGCUUCCUCUGCUUACGCUUCCUUUGCUUGUGCUUCCUCCGCUUACGCUUCCUUUGCUUGUGCUUCCUUUGCUUACGCUUCCUCUGCCUGCGCUCCUCUGCUUGUGCUUCCUCUGCUUGUGCUUCCUCUGCUUGCGCUUCCUCUGCUUAUGCUUCCUCUACUUGCGCUUCCUCUGCUUGCGUUCUCUGAUUGCGCUUCCUCUGCUUGCGCUCCUCUGCUUGUGCUUCCUCUGCUUGCGAUUCCUCUGCUUGCGCUUCCUCUGCUUGCGCUUCCUCUGCUUGCGCUCCUCUGCUUGUGCUUCCUGUGCUUGUGCUUCCUUUGCUUGCGCUUCGUCUGCUUGUGCUUCCUCUGCUUGCGCUUCCUCUGCUUGCGCUUCCUCUCCUUGCGCUUCCUCUGCUUGCGCUUCCUUUGCUUGCGCUCCUCUACUUGUGCUUCCUCUGCUUGCCCUUCCUCUGCUUGUGCUUCUUGUGCUUGCGCCUCCUCUGCUUGUGCUUCCUCUUCUUGCGCUUCCUCAACUUGCACUUCCUCUGCAUGCGCUUCCUCUGCUUCUGCUUCCUCUACUUAUGCUUCCUCUGCUUGUGCUUCCUCUGCUUGCGCUUCCUCUACUUGUGCUUCCUCUCCUUGCGCUUCCUCUGCUUGCGCUUCCUCUGCUUGCGCUUCAUCUGCUUGCGCUUCCUCUGCUUGCGCUUCCUCUGCUUGCGCUUCCUCUGCUUGCGCUUCCUCUGCUUGCGCCUCCUCUGCUUGGGCUCCUCUAAAUGGGCUUCCAAUGCUUGUGCUUCCUCUACUUGCACUUCGUCUGCUUGUGCUUCCUCUGCUUGCGCUUCCUCUGCUUUCGCUACCCCUACUUGUGCUUCCUAUGCUUGUGCUUCCUCUGCUUGUGCUUCCUAUGCUUGUGCUUCCUCUGCUUGUGCUUCCUCUACUUGUGCUUCCUCUGCUUGUGCUUCCUCUGCUUGUGCUUCCUCUUCUUGCGCUUCCUCAGCUUGCGCUCCUCUGCUUGCGCUUCCUUUGCUUUGGCUUCCUCUGCUCGUGCUUCCUCUGCUUGUGCUUCCUCUGCUUGCGCUCCUCUGCUUGCGCUUCCUUUGCUUGCGCUUCCUCUGCUUGUGCUACCUCUGCUUGUGCUUCCUCCGCUUGUGCUUCCUCUGCUUGUGCUUCCUCUUCUUGCCUUGCGCUUCCUCUGCGUGCGCUUCUUCUACUUGGGCUUCCUCUGCUUGCGCUUCCUGUGCUUGCGCUUCCUCUGCUUGCGCUCCUCUACUUGUGCUUCCUCUGCUUGUGCUUCCUCCGCUUGCGCUUCCUUUGCUUGUGCUUCCUCUGCUUCCGCUUCCUCUACUUGUGCUUCCUCUGCUUGCGCUUCCUCUGCUUGUGCUUCCUCUGCUUGUGCUUCCUCUUCUUGCGCUUCUUCUGCUAUUGCUUCCUCUGCUUGUGCUUCCUCUUCUUGCGCUUCCUGUGCUUGUGCUUCCUCUGCUUGCGCUUGCUCUCCUUACGCUUCCUCUGCUUGAGCUCCUCUACUUGUACUUCCUCUUCUUGUGCUUCCCCUGCUUGCGCUUCCUCUGCUUGUGCUUCCUCUCCUUGGGCUUCCUCUGCUUGUGCUUCCUCUGCUUGCGCUUCCUCUGCUUGUGCUUCCUCUUCUUGCGCUUCCUCUGCUUGUGCUUCCUCUGCUUGCGCUUCCUCUGCUUGUGCUUCCUCUGCUUGUGCUUCCUCUGCAUGUUCUUCCUCGGCUUGCGCUUCCUCUGCUUGCGCUUCCUCUGGUUGUGACUCCUCAGCUUGCGCUUCCUCUGCGUGCGCUUCCUCUUCUUGUGCUUCCUCUGCUUGCGCUUCCUGUGCUUGCGCUUCCUCUGCUUGCGCUCCUCUACUUGUGCUUCCUCUGCUUGUGCUUCCUCUGCUUGCGCUUCCUCUGCUUGUGCUUCCUCUGCUUCCGCUUCCUCUACUUGUGCUUCCUCUGCUUGCGCUUCCUCUGCUUGUGCUUCCUUUGCUUGUGCUUCCUCUGCUUGCGCUUCUUUGCUUGUGCUUCCUAUGCUUGUGCUUGCUCUACUUGCACUUCCUCUGCUUGUGCUUCCUCUGCUUGCGCUUCUUCUGCUGUUGCUUCCUCUGCUUGUGCUUCCUCUUCUUGCGCUUCCUGUGCUUGUGCUUCCUCUGCUUGCGCUUGCUCUCCUUACGCUUCCUCUGCUUGAGCUCCUCUGCUUGUACUUCCUCUGCUUGUGCUUCCCCUGCUUGCGCUUCCUCUGCUUGUGCUUCCUCUCCUUGCGCUUACUCUGCUUGUGCUUCUUCUGCUUGCGCUUCCUCUGCUUGCGCUCCUCUGCUUGUGCUUCCUCUGCUUGUGCUUCUUGCUUGUGCUUCCUCUGCUUGCGCUUCCUCUGCUUGUGCUUCCUCUACUUGCGCUUCCUCUGCUUGCGCUUCCUCUGCUUGUGCUUCCUCUUCUUGCGCUUCCUCUGCUUACGCUUCCUUUGCUUGUGCUUCCUCCGCUUACGCUUCCUUUGCUUGUGCUUCCUUUGCUUACGCUUCCUCUGCCUGCGCUCAUCUGCUUGUGCUUCCUCUGCUUGUGCUUCCUCUGCUUGCGCUUCCUCUGCUUAUGCUUCCUCCACUUGCGCUUCCUCUGCUUGCGUUCUCUGCUUGCGCUUCCUCUGCUUGCGCUCCUCUGCUUGUGCUUCCUCUGCUUGCGAUUCCUCUGCUUGCGCUUCCUCUGCUUGCGCUUCCUCUGCUUGCGCUCCUCUGCUUGUGCUUCCUGUGCUUGUGCUUCCUUUGCUUGCACUUCGUCUGCUUGUGCUUCCUCUGCUUGCGCUUCCUCUGCUUGCGCUUCCCCUCCUUGCGCUUCCUCUGCUUGCGCUUCCUUUGCUUGCGCUCCUCUACUUGUGCUUCCUGUGCUUGCCCUUCCUCUGCUUCUGCUUCUUGUGCUUGCGCCUCCUCUGCUUGUGCUUCCUCUUCUUGCGCUUCCUCUGCUUGCACUUCCUCUGCAUGCGCUUCCUCUGCUUGUGCUUCCUCUACUUAUGCUUCCUCUGCUUGUGCUUCCUCUGCUUGCGCUUCCUCUACUUGUGCUUCCUCUGCUUGCGCUUCCUCUGCUUGCGCUUCCUCUGCUUGCGCUUCAUCUGCUUGCGCUUCCUCUGCUUGCGCUUCCUCUGCUUGCGCUUCCUCUGCUUGCGCUUCCUCUGCUUGCGCCUCCUCUGCUUGGGCUCCUCUAAAUGGGCUUCCAAUGCUUGUGCUUCUUCUACUUGCGCUUCCUCUGCUUGUGCUUCUUCUGCUUGCGCUUCCUCUGCUUGUGCUUCCUCUGCUUGCGCUUCCUCUGCUUUCGCUACCCCUACUUGUGCUUCCUAUGCUUGUGCUUCCUCUGCUUAUGCUUCCUAUGCUUGUGCUUCCUCUGCUUGUGCUUCCUCUACUUGUGCUUCCUCUGCUUGUGCUUCCUCUGCUUGUGCUUCCUCUUCUUGCGCUUCCUCAGCUUGCGCUCCUCUACUUGCGCUUCCUUUGCUUUGGCUUCCUCUGCUCGUGCUUCCUCUGCUUGUGCUUCCUCUGCUUGCGCUCCUCUGCUUGCGCUUCCUUUGCUUGCGCUUCCUCUGCUUGUGCUACCUCUGCUUGUGCUUCCUCCGCUUGUGCUUCCUCUGCUUGUGCUUCCUCUUCUUGCGCUUCCUCUUCUUGCGCUUCCUGUGCUUGCGCUUCCUCUGCUUCCGCUCCUCUGCUUGUGCUUCCUCUGCUUGUGCUUCCUCUGCUAGCGCUUCCUCUGCUUGUGCUUCCUCUGCUUGCGCUUCCUCUACUUGUGCUUCCUCUACUUGCGCUUCCUCUGCUUGCUAUUCCUUUGCUUGCGCUUCCUCUACUUGCGCUUCCUCUGCUUGCGCUUCCUAUGCUGGUGCUUCCUCUACUUGCGCUUCCUCUGCUUGUGCUUCCUCUACUUGCGCUUCCUCUGCUUGCGCUUCCUUUGCGUGCGCUUCCUCUGCUUGCGCUUCCUCUGCUUGCGCUUCCUCUGCUUGCGCUCCUCUGCUUGUGCUUCCUCUGCUUGUGCCUCCUCUGCUUGUGCUUCCUCUGCUUGCUCUUCCUCUCCUUGUGCUUCCUCUGCUUGCGCUUCCUCUGCUUGUGCUUCCUCUGCUUGUGCUUCCUCGAAGUGGGCUUCCUCUUCAUGUGCUUCCUCUGCUUGCGCUUCUUCUGCUUGUGCUUCCUUAGCUUGUGCUUCCCCUGCUUGCGUUUCCUCUGCUUGCGCUUCCUCAACUUGCGCUUCUUCUGCUUGUGCUUCAUCUACUUGCGCUUCCUCUGCUUGUGCUUCCUCCUUUUGCAUUUCCUCUGCUUGCACUUCCUCUGCUUGCGCUCCUCUGCUUGCACUUCCUCCGCUUAUGCUUCCUUUGGUUGCGCUUCCUCUGCUUGUGCUUCCUUCGCUUGCGCUUCCUCUUCUUGUGCUUCCUUUGCUUGCGCUUCCUCUGCUUGCGCUCCUCUGCUUGUGCUUCCUCUACUUGUGCUUAAUCUACUUGUGCUUCCUCUUCUUGCGCUUCCUCUGCUUGUGCUUCCUCUGCUUGCGCUUCCUCUGCUUGUGCUUCCUCUGCUUACGCUUCCUCUGCUUGCGCUUCCUCUGCUCGCGCUUCCUCUUCUUGUGCUUCCUCUGCUUGUGCUUUCUCUGCUUGUGCUUCCUCAACUUGCGCUUCCUCUGCUUGCGCUUCCUCUGGUUGUGACUCCUCAGCUUCCGCUUCCUCUGCUUGCGCUUCCUGUGCUUGUGCUUCCUCUUCUUGCGCUUCCUCUGCUUGCGCUUCCUCUGCUUGUGCUCCUCUGCUUGUGCUUCCUCUGCUUGUGCUUCCUCUGCUUGCGCAUCCUCUGCUUCUGCUUCCUCUGCUUGCGCUUCUUUGCUUGUGUUUCCUAUGCUUGUGCUUCCUCUUCUUGCGCUUCCUCUGCUUGCGCUUCCUCUGCUUGCGCUUCCUCUACUUGUGCUUCCUCUGCUUGCGCUCCUCUGCUUAUGCUUCCUCUGCUUGUGCUUCCUCUGCUUGCGCAUCCUCUGCUUGUGCUUCCUCUGCUUGCGCUUCCUCUGUGUGUGCUUCCUCUGCUUGCGCUUCCUCUGCUUGCACUUCCUUUGCUUGGGCUUCCUCUGCUUGUGCUUCCUCUGCUUGUGCUUCCUCUGCUUGUGCUUCCUCUGCUUGCGCUCCUCUGCUUGUGCUUCCUCUGCUUGUGCUUCCUCUGCUUGCACUUCUUUGCUUGUGUUUCCUAUGCUUGUGCUUCCUCUACUUGCGCUUCCUCUGCUUGUGCUUCCUCUGCUUGCGCUUCCUCUGCUGUUGCUUCCUCUGCUUGUGCUUCCUCUUCUUGCGCUUCCUCUGCGUGCGCUUCCUCUGCUUGCGCUUCCUCUGCUUGUGCUUCCUCUGCUUGCGCUCCUCUGCUUGUGCUUCCUCUGCUUGUGCUUCCCCUGCUUGCGCAUCCUCUGCUUGUGCUUCCUCUGCUUGCGCUUCCUCUGUGUGUGCUUCCUCUGCUUGUGCUUCCUCUGCUUUCACUUCCUUUGCUUGCGCUUCCUCUGCUUGUUCUUCCUCUGCUUGCGCUUCCUCUACUUGUGAUUCCACUCCUUGCGCUUCCUGUGAAGGUGCUUCCUUUGCUUGCGCUUCCUCCUCUUGUGCUUCCUCUGCUUGUGCUUCCUCUGCUUGCGCUUCCUUUGCUUGCACUUCCUCUGCUUGUGCUUCCUCUGCUUGCGCUUCCUCUGCUUGCUCUGCCUCUGCUUGUGCUUCCUUGCGCUUCCUUUGCUUGUUCUUCCUCUGCUUGUGCUUCCUCUGCUUGUGCUUCCUCUGCUUGUGCUUCCUCUGCAUGUGCUUCCUCUACUUGUGCUUCCUCUACUUGUGCUUCCUCUGCUUGCGCUUCCUCUGCUUGUGCUUCCUCUUCUUGUGCUUCCUCUGCUUGUGCUUCCUCUGCUUGCGUUUCCUCUGCUUGCGCUCCUCUCCUUGAGCUUCCUCUGCUUGUGCUUUCUCUGCUAGCGCUUCCUCUGCUUGCGCUUCCUCUACUUGUGCUUCCUUGCUUGUGCUUCCUCUGCUUGCGCUUCCUCUGCUUGUGCUUCUUCUGCUUGUGCUUCCUCUACUUGCGCUUCCUCUGCUUGUGCUUCCUCUGCUUGCGUUUCCUCUGCUUGCACUUCCUCUGCUUGCGCUCCUCUUCUUGUGCUUCCUCUGCUUGCGCUUCCUCUGCUUGUGCUUCCUCUGCUUGCGCUUCCUCUGCUUGUGCUUCCUUUUCUUGUGCUUCCUCUGCUUGCGCUUCCUCUGCUUGCGCUUCCUCUGGUUGUGACUCCUCUGCUUGCGCUUCCUCUACUUGCGCUUCCUCUACUUGCGCUUCCUCUGCUUGCGCAUCCUCUGCUUGCGCUUCCUUUGCUUGCGCUUCCUCUGCUUGCGCUUCCUCUGCUUGUGCUCCUCUGCUUGUGCUUCCUCUGCUUGUGCUUCCUCUGCUUGUGCAUCCUCUGCUUGUGCUUCCUCUUCUUGCGCUUCCUCUGCUAUUGCUUCCUCUGCUUGCGCUUCCUCUGCUUGUGCUUCCUCUCCUUACGCUUCCUCUGCUUACGCUUCCUUUGCUCGCGCUUCCUCUACUUGUGCUUCCUCUGCUUGUGCUUCUUCUGCUUGUGCUUCCUAUGCUUGUGCUUCCCCUACUUGCGCUUCCUCUGCUUGUGCUUCCUCUGCUUGCGCUUCCUCUGCUGUUGCUUCCUCUGCUUGUGCUUCCUCUUCUUGCGCUUCAUGUGCUUGUGCUUCCUCUACUUGCGCUUGCUCUCCUUACGCUUCCUCUGCUUGUGCUUCCUCUGCUUGCUCUGCCUUUGCUUACGCUUCCUCUGCUUGAGCUCCUCUGCUUGUACUUCCUUUGCUUGUGCUUCCCCUGCUUGCGCUUCCUCUGCUUGUGCUUCCUCUGCUUGUGCUUCCUCUCCUUGCGCUUCCUCUGCUUGUGCUUCCUCUGCUUGCGCUUCCUCUGCUUGAGCUCCUAUGCUUGUGCUUCCUCUGCUUGUGCUUCCUCUGCUAGCGCUUCCUCUGCUGGUGCUUCCUCUGCUUGCGCUUCCUCUACUUGUGCUUCCUCUACUUGCGCUUCCUCUGCUUGCGCUUCCUCUGCUUGCGCUUCCUCUACUUGCGCUUCCUCUGCUUGCGCUUCCUAUGCUUGUGCUUCCUCUACUUGCGCUUCCUCUGCUUGUGCUUCCUCUACUUGCGCUUCCUCUGCUUGCGCUUCCUUUGCUUGCGCUUCCUCUGCUUGCGCUUCCUCUGCUUGCGCUUCCUCUGCUUGCGCUCCUCUGCUUGUGCUUCCUCUGCUUGUGCCUCUGGGCUUCCUCUUCAUGUGCUUCCUCUGCUUGCGCUUCUUCUGCUUGUGCUUCCAUAGCUUGUGCUUCCUCUUCUUCCGCUUCCUCUGCUUGCGCUUCCUCUGCCUGCGCUUCUUCUGCUUGUGCUUCAUCUACUUGCGCUUCCUCUGCUUGUGCUUCCUCUUUUUGCGUUUCCUCUGCUUGCACUUCCUUUGCUUGCGCUCCUCUUCUUGUGCUUCCUCUGCUCAUGCUUCCUCUGCUUGCGCUUCCUCUGCUUGUGCUUCCUCCGCUUGCGCUUCCUCUUCUUGUGCUUCCUUUGCUUGCGCUUCCUCUGCUUGCGCUCCUCUGCUUGUGCUUCCUCUGCUUGUGCUUCCUCUGCUUGUGCUUCCUCUUCUUGCGCUUCCUCUGCUUGUGCUUCCUCUGCUUGCGCUUCCUCUGCUUGUGCUUCCUUUGCUCACGCUUCCUCUGCUUGCGCUUCCUCUGCUUGCGCUUCCUCUGCUUGUGCUUCCUCAGCUUGUGCUUCCUCUGCUUGUGCUUCCUCAACUUGCGCUUCCUCUGCUUGCGGUUCCUCUGGUUGUGACUCCUCAGCUUCCGCUUCCUCUGCUUGCGCUUCCUCUGCUUGUGCUUCCUCUUCUUGCGCUUCCUCAGCUUGCGCUUCCUCUACUUGCGCUCCUCUGCUUGUGCUUCCUCUGCUUGUGCUUCCUCUGCUUGCGCAUCCUCUGCUUGUGCUUCCUCUGCUUCCGCUUCCUCUACUUGUGCUUACUCUGCUUGCGCUUCCUCUGCUUGUGCUUCCUUUGCUUGUGCUUCCUCUGCUUGCGCUUCCUCUGCUGUUGCUUCGUCUGCUUGUGCUUCCGCUUCUUGCGCUUCCUCUGCUUGCGAUUCCUCUUCUUGCGCUUCCUCGGCUUGUGCUUCCUCUGCUUGCGCUCCUCUGCUUGUGCUUCCUCUGCUUGUGCUUCCUCUGCUUGCGCAUCCUCUGCUAUUGCUUCCUCUGCUUGCGCUUCCUCUGCGUGUGCUUCCUCUGCUUGCGCUUCCUCUGCUUGCGCUCCUCUGCUUGUGCUUCCUCUGCUUGUGCUUCCUCUGCUUGUGCUCCCUCUUCUUGCGCUUCCUCUGCUUGUGCUUCCUCUGCUUGCGCUUCCUUUGCUUGUUCUUCCUCUGCUUAUGCUUCCUCUGCUUGCGCUUCCUCUUCUUGUGCUUCCUCUGCUUGCGUUUCCUCUGCUUGCGCUCCUCUGCUUGUGCUUCCUCUGCUUGUGCUUCCUCUGCUUGUGCUUCCUCUUCUUGCGCUUCCUCUGCUUGUGCUUCCUCUGCUUGCGCUUCCUGUGCUUGCGCUUCCUCUGCUUGCGCUCCUCUACUUGUGCUUCCUCUGCUUGUGCUUCCUCUGCUUGCACUUCCUCUGCUUGUGCUUCCUCUGCUUCCGCUUCCUCUACUUGUGCUUCCUCUGCUUGCGCUUCCUCUGCUUGUGCUUCCUCUGCUUGUGCUUCCUCUGCUUGCGCUUCUUUGCUUCUGCUUCCUAUGCUUGUGCUUCUUCUACUUGCGCUUCCUCUGCUUGUGCUUCCUCUGCUUGCGCUUCCUCUGCUGUUGCUUCCUCUGCUUGUGCUUCCUCUUCUUGCGCUUCCUGUGCUUGUGCUUCCUCUGCUUGCGCUUGCUCUCCUUACGCUUCCUUUGCUUGAGCUCCUGUGCUUGUACUUCCUCUGCUUGUGCUUCCCCUGCUUGCGCUUCCUCUGCUUGUGCUUCCUCUCCUUGCGCUUCCUCUGCUUGUGCUUCCUCUGCUUGCGCUUCCUCUGCUUUCGCUCCUCUGCUUGUGCUUCAUCUGCUUGUGCUUCUUGCUUGUGCUUCCUCUGCUUGCGCUUCCUCUGCUUGUGCUUCCUCUACUUGCGCUUCCUCUGCUUGCGCUUCCUCUGCUUGCGCUUCCUCUUCUUGCGCUUCCUCUGCUUACGCUUCCUCUGCUUGUGCUUCUUCUGCUUGCUCUUCCUUUGCUUACGCUAUCUUUGCCUGCGCUCCUCUGCUUGUGCUUCCUGUGCUUGUGCUUCCUCUGCUUGCGCUUCCUCUGCUUGCGCUUCCUCUCCUUGCGCUUCCUCUGCUUGCGCUUCCUUUGCUUGCGCUUCCUCUGCUUGUGCUUCCUGUGCUUGUGCUUCCUCUGCUUGCGCUUCCUCUGCUUGCGCUUCCUCUCCUUGCGCUUCCUCUGCUUGCGCUUCCUGUGCUUGCGCCUCCUCUGCUUGUGCUUCCUCUUCUUGCACUUCCUCUGCUUGCACUUCCUCUGCAUGCGCUUCCUCUGCUUGUGCUUCCUCUGCUUAUGCUUCCUCUGCUUGUGCUUCCUCUGCUUGCGCUUCCUCUACUUGUGCUUCCUCUGCUUGCGCUUCCUCUGCUUGCGCUUCCUCUGCUUGCGCUUCCUCUGCUUGCGCUUCCUCUGCUUGCGCUUCCUCUGCUUGCGCCUCCUCUGCUUGGGCUCCUCUAAAUGGGCUUCCUGUGCUUGUGCUUCCUCUACUUGCGCUUCCUCUGCUUGUGCUUCUUCUGCUUGCGCUUCCUUUGCUUGUGCUUCGUCUGCUUCCGCUUCCUCUGCUUGUGCUUCCUCUGCUUGCGCUUCCUCUGCUUUCGCUACCUCUGCUUGUGCUUCCUAUGCUUGUGCUUCCUCUGCUUGUGCUUCCUAUGCUUGUGCUUCCCUUACUUGUGCUUCCUCUUCUUGUGCUUCCUCUGCUUGUGCUUCCUCUUCUUGCGCUUCCUCUGCUUGCGCUUCCUCUGCUGUUGCUUCGUCUGCUUGUGCUUCCGCUUCUUGCGCUUCCUCUGCUUGCGAUUCCUCUGCUUGCGCUUCCUUUGCUUGUGCUUCCUCUGCUUGCGCUCCUCUGCUUGUGCUUCCUCUGCUUGUGCUUCCUCUGCUUGCGCAAGCUCUGCUAUUGCUUCCUCUGCUUGCGCUUCCUCUGCGUGUGCUUCCUCUGCUUGCGCUUCCUCUGCUUGCGCUCCUCUGCUUGUGCUUCCUCUGCUUGUGCUUCCUCUGCUUGUGCUUCCUCUUCUUGCGCUUCCUCUGCUUGUGCUUCCUCUGCUUGCGCUUCCUUUGCUUGUUCUUCCUCUGCUUAUGCUUCCUCUGCUUGCGCUUCCUCUUCUUGUGCUUCCUCUGCUUGCGUUUCCUCUGCUUGCGCUCCUCUGCUUGUGCUUCCUCUGCUUGUGCUUCCUCUGCUUGUGCUUCCUCUUCUUGCGCUUCCUCUGCUUGUGCUUCCUCUGCUUGCGCUUCCUCUGCUUGUGCUUCCUCUGCUUGUGCUUCCUCUGCUUGUUCUUCCUCUGCUUGCGCUUCCUCUGCUUGCGCUUCCUGUGGUUGUGACUCCUCAGCUUGCGCUUCCUCUGCGUGCACUUCCUCUGCUUGUGCUUCCUCUGCUUGCGCUUCCUGUGCUUGCGCUUCCUCUGCUUGCGCUCCUCUACUUGUGCUUCCUCUGCUUGUGCUUCCUCUGCUUGCACUUCCUCUGCUUGUGCUUCCUCUGCUUCCGCUUCCUCUACUUGUGCUUCCUCUGCUUGCGCUUCCUCUGCUUGUGCUUCCUCUGCUUGUGCUUCCUCUGCUUGCGCUUCUUUGCUUCUGCUUCCUAUGCUUGUGCUUCUUCUACUUGCGAUUCCUCUGCUUGUGCUUCCUCUGCUUGCGCUUCCUCUGCUCUCCUGAGCUUGUACUUCCUCUGCUUGUGCUUCCCCUGCUUGCGCUUCCUCUGCUUGUGCUUCCUCUCCUUGCGCUUCCUCUGCUUGUGCUUCCUCUGCUUGCGCUUCCUCUGCUUUCGCUCCUCUGCUUGUGCUUCAUCUGCUUGUGCUUCUUGCUUGUGCUUCCUCUGCUUGCGCUUCCUCUGCUUGUGCUUCCUCUACUUGCGCUUCCUCUGCUUGCGCUUCCUCUGCUUGCGCUUCCUCUUCUUGCGCUUCCUCUGCUUCCGCUUCCUCUGCUUGUGCUUCCUCUGCUUACUCUUCCUUUGCUUACGCUUUCUCUGCCUGCGCUCCUCUGCUUGUGCUUCCUGUGCUUGUGCUUCCUCUGCUUGCGCUUCCUCUGCUUGCGCUUCCUCUCCUUGCGCUUCCUCUGCUUGCGCUUCCUUUGCUUGCGCUUCCUCUGCUUGCGCUUCCUCUGCUUGUGCUUCCUGUGCUUGUGCUUCCUCUGCUUGCGCUUCCUCUGCUUGCGCUUCCUCUGCUUGUGCUUCCUCUGCUUGCGCUUUCUCUGCUUGUGCUUCCUGUGCUUGCGCCUCCUCUGCUUGUGCUUCCUCUUCUUGCACUUCCUCUGCUUGCACUUCCUCUGCAUGCGCUUCCUCUGCUUGUGCUUCCUCUGCUUAUGCUUCCUCUGCUUGUGCUUCCUCUGCUUGCGCUUCCUCUACUUGUGCUUCCUCUGCUUGCGCUUCCUCUGCUUGCGCUUCCUCUGCUUGCGCUUCCUCUGCUUGCGCUUCCUCUGCUUGCGCUUCCUCUGCUUGCGCCUCCUCUGCUUGGGCUCCUCUAAAUGGGCUUCCUGUGCUUGUGCUUCCUCUACUUGCGCUUCCUCUGCUUGUGCUUCUUCUGCUUGCGCUUCCUCUGCUUGUGCUUCGUCUGCUUCCGCUUCCUCUGCUUGUGCUUCCUCUGCUUGCGCUUCCUCUGCUUUCGCUACCUCUGCUUGUGCUUCCUAUGCUUUUGCUUCCUCUGCUUGUGCUUCCUAUGCUUGUGCUUCCUCUACUUGUGCUUCCUCUACUUGUGCUUCCUCUGCUUGUGCUUCCUCUUCUUGCGCUUCCUCUGCUUGCGCUCCUCUGCUUGCGCUUCCUUUGCUUUGGCUUCCUCUGCUUGUGCUUCCUCUGCUUGUGCUUCCUCUGCUCGUGCUUCCUCUGCUUGUGCUUCCUCUGCUUGCGCUCCUCUGCUUGCGCUUCCUUUGCUUGGGCUUCCUCUGCUUGUGCUGCCUCUACUUGUGCUUCCUCCGCUUGUGCUUCCUCUGCUUGUGCUUCCUCUGCUUGCGCUUCCUCUUCUUGCGCUUCCUAUGCUUGCGCUUCCUGUGCUUGCGCUCCUCUGCUUGUGCUUCCUCUGCUUGUGCUUCCUCUGCUAGCGCUUCCUCUGCUUGUGCUUCCUCUGCUUGCGCUUCCUCUACUUGUGCUUCCUCUACUUGCGCUUCCUCUGCUUGCGCUUCCUCUGCUUGCGCUUCCUCUACUUGCGCUUCCUCUGCUUGCGCUUCCUAUGCUUGUGCUUCCUCUACUUGCGCUUCCUCUGCUUGUGCUUCCUCUACUUGCGCUUCCUCUGCUUGCGCUUCGUUUGCUUGCGCUUCCUGUGCUUGCGCUUCCUCUGCUUGCGCUUCCUCUACUUGCGCUCCUCUGCUUGUGCUUCCUCUGCUUGUGCCUCCUCUGCUUGUGCUUGCUCUGCUUGCGCUUCCUCUGCUUGUGCUUCAUCUGCUUGCACUUCCUCUGCUUGUGCUUCCUCUGCUUGUGCUUCCUCGAAAUGGGCUUCCUCUUCAUGUGCUUCCUCUGCUUGCGCUUCUUCUGCUUGUGCUUCCAUAGCUUGUGCUUCCUCUGCUUGUGCUUCCUCUGCUUGCGCUUCCUCUACUUGCGCUUCUUCUGCUUGUGCUUCAUCUACUUGCGCUUCCUCUGCUUGUGCUUCCUCUUUUUGCAUUUCCAAUGCUUGCACUUCCUCUGCUUGCGCUCCUCUGCUUGUGCUUCCUCUGCUUAUGCUUCCUCUGCUUGCGCUUCCUCUGCUUUUGCUUCCUCCGCUCGCUCUUCCUCUUCUUGUGCUUCCUUUGCUUGCGCUUCCUCUGCUUGCGCUCCUCUGCUUGUGCUUCCUCUGCUUGUGCUUCCUCUACUUGUGCUUCCUCUUCUUGCGCUUCCUCUGCUUGUGCUUCCUCUGCUUGCGCUUCCUCUUCUUGUGCUUCCUCUGCUUACGCUUCCUCUGCUUGCGCUUCCUCUGCUCGCGCUUCCUCUGCUUGUGCUUACUCUGCUUGUGCUUCCUCUGCUUGUGCUUCCUCAACUUGCGCUUCCUCUGCUUGCGCUUCCUCUGGUUGUGACUCCUCAGCUUCCGCUUCCUCUGCUUGCGCUUCCUCUUCUUGUGCUUCCUCUUCUUGCGCUUCCUCUGCUUGCGCUUCCUCUGCUUGCGCUCCUCUACUUGUGCUUCCUCUGCUUGUGCUUCCUCUCCUUGCGCAUCCUCUGCUUGUGCUUCCUCUGCUUCCGCUUCCUCUACUUGUGCUUCCUCUGCUUGCGCUUCCUCUGCUUGUGCUUCCUCUGCUUGUGCUUCCUCUGCUUGCGCUUCUUUGCUUGUGUUUCCUAUGCUUGUGCUUCCUCUACUUGCGCUUCCUCUGCUUGUGCUUCCUCUGCUUGCGCUUCCUCUGCUGUUGCUUCCUCUGCUUGCGCUUCCUCUGCUUGCGCUUCCUCUGCUUGCGCUUCCUCUGCUUGUGCUUCCUCUGCUUGCGCUCCUCUGCUUGUGCUUCCUUUGCUUGUGCUUCCUCUGCUUGCGCAUCGUCUGCUUGUGCUUCCUCUGCUUGCGCUUCCUCUGCGUGUGCUUCCUCUGCUUGCGCUUCCUCUGCUUGCAUUUCCUUUGCUUGCGCUUCCUCUGCUUGUGCUUCCUCUGCUUGCGCUUCUUUGCUUGUGUUUCCUAUGCUUGUGCUUCCUCUACUUGCGCUUCCUCUGCUUGUGCUUCCUCUGCUUGCGCUUCCUCUGCUGUUGCUUCCUCUUCUUGUGCUUCCUCUGCUUGCGCUUCCUCUGCUUGCGCUUCCUCUGCUUGUGCUUCCUCUGCUUGCGCUCCUCUGCUUGUGCUUCCUUUGCUUGUGCUUCCUCUGCUUGCGCAUCGUCUGCUUGUGCUUCCUCUGCUUGCGCUUCCUCUGUGUGUGCUUCCUCUGCUUGCGCUUCCUCUGCUUGCAUUUCCUUUGCUUGCGCUUCCUCUGCUUGUGCUUCCUCUGCUUGCGCUUCCUCUGCUUGCGCUUCCUCUACUUGUGCUUCCACUCCUUGCGCUUCCUCUGCUUGCGCUUCCUCUGAAGGUGCUUCCUUUGCUUGCGCUUCCUCUUCUUGUGCUACCUCUGCUUGUGCUUCCUCUGCUUGUGCUUCCUCUUCUUGCGCUUCCUCUGCUUGUGCUUCCUCUGCUUGCGCUUCCUCUGCUUGUGCUUCCUCUGCUUGCGCUUCCUCUGCUUGUGCUUCCUCGAAGUGGGCUUCCUCUUCAUGUGCUUCCUCUGCUUGCGCUUCUUCUGCUUGUGCUUCCAUAGCUUGUGCUUCCUCUUCUUCCGCUUCCUCUGCUUGCGCUUCCUCUGCCUGCGCUUCUUCUGCUUGUGCUUCAUCUACUUGCGCUUCCUCUGCUUGUGCUUCCUCUUUUUGCGUUUCCUCUGCUUGCACUUCCUUUGCUUGCGCUCCUCUUCUUGUGCUUCCUCUGCUCAUGCUUCCUCUGCUUGCGCUUCCUCUGCUUGUGCUUCCUCCUCUUGCGCUUCCUCUUCUUGUGCUUCCUUUGCUUGCGCUUCCUCUGCUUGCGCUCCUCUGCUUGUGCUUCCUCUGCUUGUGCUUCCUCUGCUUGUGCUUCCUCUUCUUGCGCUUCCUCUGCUUGUGCUUCCUCUGCUUGCGCUUCCUCUGCUUGUGCUUCCUUUGCUCACGCUUCCUCUGCUUGCGCUUCCUCUGCUUGCGCUUCCUCUGCUUGUGCUUCCUCAGCUUGUGCUUCCUCUGCUUGUGCUUCCUCAACUUGCGCUUCCUCUGCUUGCGGUUCCUCUGCUUGCGCUUCCUCUACUUGCGCUCCUCUGCUUGUGCUUCCUCUGCUUGUGCUUCCUCUGCUUGCGCAUCCUCUGCUUGUGCUUCCUCUGCUUCCGCUUCCUCUACUUGUGCUUACUCUGCUUGCGCUUCCUCUGCUUGUGCUUCCUUUGCUUGUGCUUCCUCUGCUUGCGCUUCCUCUGCUGUUGCUUCGUCUGCUUGUGCUUCCGCUUCUUGCGCUUCCUCUGCUUGCGAUUCCUCUUCUUGCGCUUCCUCGGCUUGUGCUUCCUCUGCUUGCGCUCCUCUGCUUGUGCUUCCUCUGCUUGUGCUUCCUCUGCUUGCGCAUCCUCUGCUAUUGCUUCCUCUGCUUGCGCUUCCUCUGCGUGUGCUUCCUCUGCUUGCGCUUCCUCUGCUUGCGCUCCUCUGCUUGUGCUUCCUCUGCUUGUGCUUCCUCUGCUUGUGCUCCCUCUUCUUGCGCUUCCUCUGCUUGUGCUUCCUCUGCUUGCGCUUCCUUUGCUUGUUCUUCCUCUGCUUAUGCUUCCUCUGCUUGCGCUUCCUCUUCUUGUGCUUCCUCUGCUUGCGUUUCCUCUGCUUGCGCUCCUCUGCUUGUGCUUCCUCUGCUUGUGCUUCCUCUGCUUGUGCUUCCUCUUCUUGCGCUUCCUCUGCUUGUGCUUCCUCUGCUUGCGCUUCCUCUGCUUGUGCUUCCUCUGCUUGUGCUUCCUCUGCUUGUUCUUCCUCUGCUUGCGCUUCCUCUGCUUGCGCUUCCUGUGGUUGUGACUCCUCAGCUUGCGCUUCCUCUGCGUGCACUUCCUCUGCUUGUGCUUCCUCUGCUUGCGCUUCCUGUGCUUGCGCUUCCUCUGCUUGCGCUCCUCUACUUGUGCUUCCUCUGCUUGUGCUUCCUCUGCUUGCACUUCCUCUGCUUGUGCUUCCUCUGCUUCCGCUUCCUCUACUUGUGCUUCCUCUGCUUGCGCUUCCUCUGCUUGUGCUUCCUCUGCUUGUGCUUCCUCUGCUUGCGCUUCUUUGCUUCUGCUUCCUAUGCUUGUGCUUCUUCUACUUGCGCUUCCUCUGCUUGUGCUUCCUCUGCUUGCGCUUCCUCUGCUGUUGCUUCCUCUGCUUGUGCUUCCUCUUCUUGCGCUUCCUGUGCUUGUGCUUCCUCUGCUUGCGCUUGCUCUCCUUACGCUUCCUUUGCUUGAGCUCCUGUGCUUGUACUUCCUCUGCUUGUGCUUCCCCUGCUUGCGCUUCCUCUGCUUGUGCUUCCUCUCCUUGCGCUUCCUCUGCUUGUGCUUCCUCUGCUUGCGCUUCCUCUGCUUUCGCUCCUCUGCUUGUGCUUCAUCUGCUUGUGCUUCUUGCUUGUGCUUCCUCUGCUUGCGCUUCCUCUGCUUGUGCUUCCUCUACUUGCGCUUCCUCUGCUUGCGCUUCCUCUGCUUGCGCUUCCUCUUCUUGCGCUUCCUCUGCUUACGCUUCCUCUGCUUGUGCUUCUUCUGCUUGCUCUUCCUUUGCUUACGCUUUCUCUGCCUGCGCUCCUCUGCUUGUGCUUCCUGUGCUUGUGCUUCCUCUGCUUGCGCUUCCUCUGCUUGCGCUUCCUCUCCUUGCGCUUCCUCUGCUUGCGCUUCCUUUGCUUGCGCUUCCUCUGCUUGCGCUUCCUCUGCUUGUGCUUCCUGUGCUUGUGCUUCCUCUGCUUGCGCUUCCUCUGCUUGCGCUUCCUCUCCUUGCGCUUCCUCUGCUUGCGCUUCCUGUGCUUGCGCCUCCUCUGCUUGUGCUUCCUCUUCUUGCACUUCCUCUGCUUGCACUUCCUCUGCAUGCGCUUCCUCUGCUUGUGCUUCCUCUGCUUAUGCUUCCUCUGCUUGUGCUUCCUCUGCUUGCGCUUCCUCUACUUGUGCUUCCUCUGCUUGCGCUUCCUCUGCUUGCGCUUCCUCUGCUUGCGCUUCCUCUGCUUGCGCUUCCUCUGCUUGCGCUUCCUCUGCUUGCGCCUCCUCUGCUUGGGCUCCUCUAA